AGGAGCUUUCCCCCUCUCCGGGAAAGGGGAAGCGAGGCCCCGUGCCGGGGUGGGGCUUGCCCGUUGGCUUGGAGCCGGCUGCGCCGACGCUCCGGCGUUGGGAGGAAGGGAACGGUCACGGUUGGCUCCGGCUCAACUGCCAGACCUGGGAGGAAGACGCGGUGAAUGUCGACCACGACCCCGGUUUUGUUUUCCGAUUAUUUUUAAAGCCAGCGCUGCUGAGGUCUAGGAAGACGAUCAUCUCUUGAGUUUGUGUGGAAGAGCUUUACUCUUCGGCACAAUGUCCACCAAGGUGCCGAUCUACCUGAAAAGGGGCAGCAGGAAGGGGAAGAAGGAGAAGCUCCGUGACAUCCUCUCCUCUGACAUGAUCAGUCCGCCCUUGGGGGACUUUAGGCACACAAUUCACAUCGGUAGCGGUGGGGAGAGCGACAUGUUUGGGGACAUCUCCUUUCUUCAAGGCAAGUUUCAUCUCCUCCCAAGGACUGAAGGCAGCUUUGACUCUGACAAGGACAGCCCCGAUGCAACGCCGUUUGAAUUCUCCAGGACAGCCACCAUCUCCGGCCGUGAGCAACCGUCCUCAGAGACUUCAUCUCCUCUCCUCAAAAAUGCCAUCUCCCUGCCCGUCAUCGGGGGGCUGCAGGCAUUGAUGUUGCCCUCGGCACAAGCUCCCCCGAAACCGCCACGCUUGCACCUCGAUGACAAAACCCCGCCGGCACGAAGCCGGGAAGGUGGGGAGGACGAUGAGGGUGGGAGCGCCGCCCCGUUGCCGCAUCCUUGUGCAUCACGUAUCACUGCCCCGACAAACGGCUUCACUGAGGAGAAGGGCAAUGCUGAGUCACCCUUCCUCUCCCACGCCGGCUCCCUUCUCUCCCUCCACGUGGAUUUGGGGCCAUCCAUUUUGGAGGACGUCCUGCAAGUGAUGGAGAAACAUCAAGCAGAGAGAGUGGGUGGAUCUAUACAGGACUCGGGCAGGCAGGAAAUCUUGACGUGAAGACGACUCAAGAACCCGUCAUGCAAACGGGACGUGAGCGUUUAUCCUCAGUGCCACUCCCCGCAGACCUUCUGGCUAUUCCCUUGGCACGGGGAGAAAAAAAAAAAAAACCACCCUACGAAGCCAAGACGAAACAGGCAGCACCACGCUGCUGGAUUAUAUCGCCGCUUGCCCGUAUCAGCUUCACCUUUAGCGAAGGAUUGAACCAUAGGACUGUGCCAACCAGUAGAAAAUAAGACACUGUGCUGUUAUAAAUGUUCGUUGUACUGAACGGGGUGAAACAGCGAUGAUUGAAUUCUCAAAUGUCCCAGCUGGGAGGAGUUUUGGGGCUUCAGAGGGUUGUUUGGGGGUUUUUUUUGCUUGAAGAAGGGAUGCAGUUUGCACUCAAUCAAGGCAAAGGUGUGAUGCUCACUGAAUUGCCAAGAUGAUGUCAAAUGUCAGCCUUUGACUUGAUUUAAUUUUUUAAGGAUCCCAUAAAUCGGUAAAUCUAGCGGUUACAUGGCAAAGACUCCGUCGGGAUUUAACAUCGCGUGGUCUCUAAAAGCUCUCUGUGGAGAAGCUAAAAAACCCUCUCCGGCUGUAUUUUGGCAACUAAAUCUGUGGCUGGAGCUUGGGGUUGGAAUUUGAAGUCGUAAAUAAGAUGCAAAAAUGCAAAAAAAAAAAAAAGUUAAGGGUGAGUGACCACCCGACCAGAUUCCUGCGUGAUGGGGUGAAAUUCAUUCUCCCAAAAGACACCGUCUCUAUCAAUCGCAGAUUGUUUGGAUGGGCGGAGGAAGGAGGGGGUGAAACACUUUGGCACGCAGAAAGGAAUGUGAAUCCCUUCUGCUUUUUUUAAAAAAAAAAUAAUAAAAAAAAUUUCACUGGAAAUGCCAAUUCUGCUGACGUCGGGGCGAAAGACCUUGGCUGCGAGGGUUUUCAUUCUCUUUCCCAAUCUGUGAAUUGAGGACAAGAGAAGCCUGUUGGAUGCAGUAAUGGUGUAAAAGCAAAUGGGACCUUGUUUCCUAGAUGCUGUCAUUAAUUAACUGCACCAUUUUUAACCAUUUCUGGUAGUUUUAGCCUAGAAUGAGGCUAGGAGUCCCCCCUAAUAAGGAAUUAAGUCAGUGAAAAACACACUGACUUUUUACUGGCUUGCUAGAACCUGACUCUCUAUUUUUUUACAUCAAUGAUUGCUGUUUCAUACAGGUACCGUUAAAUAAUGAGUCAUUAGACUAAUGAGCUCGUAGCUUGUUGCCACUCAAUUGUGUCCCAGCUCUUGCUUACUCUUGCCCAUCUGCAUCCGGCAGGGCACUCCUACUGUAAGAUCAAAACACUCUGUUUUGGUGGAAACACCAAAGGUUUGGAGUUAAACCAAUUUUUUCAAGCCUUCAGUCUGCAAAAUAAUUGAGAAAAUGAAGUUAAUUGAGCUAGAUCCAGGCAGUUGCUGGGUUUAAUUUCUAUUUGACUUUAUGCUGUGAUGGUUCAAUCCUUACCUGGUCUGAACUGACGAUGCUUCCUCCAAACACCCAUCCACUUGGCAACAACUCGUUUUUAUUUAUUUUAGGAUUUUUCUUACCAGAAAUAAUUCCAGCGAUGGGAUGGGGGAGGUUUAGAGCAUCGUUUGUAAUUAAUUUACCCUGGUAAUGGCAUAUUUUGAUGGGAGAUGUGGCUCAGUUGGUUUCCCAAUCCCCUCUUCACUUACUAACACACU